AUGACGAUUAACAACCUCACCAAUUAUGUCGCCUACCAAGAGCCUGGAAGUGGCCCCCGAAUCGGUCAUCUCGACUUCAAGACAUCAAAAAUCACUCCGCUAUCCUUUCAAUCUGGCACCCCAUUGAAAAGCCUUUAUCAAGUCAUUGGGAUCGGUGAAAAGGGAGUGAAUGCAUCCGGUGAACCAUCUCUCUCUCUUUCCAGCGUGAAGCAUCUCCCCCCGAUUUCCGGUCGUGAUGUGCUCGUGGUUGACAAGAACUAUGUCGACCACGCGAAGGAGUUCAACUCGUCGGGCUACGAUGCUAGUGACAAGAUCGAUCAGCCCACUCAUCCCGUUAUUUUCACAAAGCGUGCCACUUCCAUCAUUGGCCACGAAGAUCCCAUUCUCCUGCACCCAAAGUUCACCAGCACAGUUGACUACGACGGUGAGAUUGGUAUCAUUAUUGGCAAACCGGGAUUCCAAGUCUCCGAAGAGAAUGCGUUGGAGCAUGUAUGGGGUUAUACCAUCAUCAAUGAUAUGACCGCGCGAGAGCGCCAGCGUGAUCACAAACCAUUCUUCCUCGGAAAAUCACCCGAUACCUUCUGCCCAAUCGGCCCUAUCGCUGUCCCGAAGGAGAGCUUGCCUGAGAACCUGAAGAUCCAGACUUUUGUGAAUCAAGAGCUACGCCAGGUGGCCACCCUUAAUGAGCUCAUCUUCAACAUUCCUACUCUCAUCACUACCAUCAGCGCAGGCCAGAUCUUGCAAGCCGGCGACGUUAUAGCCACUGGUACACCAUCGGGCGUGGGCUUCGGAUUUAGGCCUAUGAAGUUUCUUCGCGCCGGAGAUGAGAUCAGUGUGUCCGUCACGGGAUUGAGAACGUUGAGAAACCGUAUUGCAGCUGCAGAUGCUGUCAACACCACCUCGACGUGCGCGGAGUCUUAUAUUCCUUUGGCAAAUCAGAAGGCACCUGAGAACUCUGGAUUGACGAAAGUGAGCGGGAAGAACUUGUUCUACCAGCGAUUGGGUCUAGAAGCUGGUCCUCCAGUCUUCUUUAUUCAUGGACUGGGAGGGUCCUCAAGUUACUUCUAUCCUCUUAUCGCCAAGCUACAGUCGACACACUCCUUGCAUCUCCUAGAUCUGGAAGGACAUGGUCUCUCUGUUGUCAGCACUUAG